AUGGAAGAGCUCGGUGAGCUAUGCUCUACUCGAGCUAUUGACAUACAAGAUGGCACAUUGGACAAGGGCGAUUUUCUUCGACAGGUUGCCCAUUUUAUCAUCCUCAAUAAGGACCAUCUACCCGACAAUACACGGCUUUCUCUGCUUGAUGCAUUCGGGAAAAGAAAAAGGUCAUCCAGCACGAAACCGAAUCGGUCACGAGGGACUGGUGCCCGAGAACGCAUUGAAGAAGCGAGAGAAAUUGACAUAAUGCCGUCCUCCCAAUUACUCAGGUUCACCGCGAGAAUCGAAAUGACUCCUGCUGAUUUAUGGACUGUCGGGUUGUCAGUGGAUCUAGACUGGGACAAGAAAAUUUUGCGUCAUAUCUAUCGCGGAAACCGACAAAAUGACAGGCUAGCUGUAUUAUUAUUUUAUCAAGUUUAUUGUCCAUACCGAGCCCUAGAGCUAUGA